UUGAAUGUUGCAUCACAUGACUUCUUGAACUUAGCCAUGCUAUCAAUGAAGCUAUUGUUGCUGUAGGCUAUAAUGUAGGCCUUCCUUGUUAACUGUUUUUUGUAUAAUGAACAAUUUGUCUAUUGACACAUGUACUCAAUUAGUCACUACUAUAAAACAUAUACAUUACACUAAUUAUAAGUAGACCCGGGGUUGAGCUUCCGCGUAACCAUAAUAGAUAUAUCAGUCUGGUUGAAAAGUGAAAAGUGAAAUUUACAUUACUAAUGUUUAUCAAUUGUUUACUAAAUUGAAUUAGAUGGAAAUCAAUUCAUAUUUGUUUGUUUAUUGUUAUAUGUUUAAUAUGAUACCUCGGACCUAUCAGGACUUGGAUAACUCCUGUACAGAAAAUAACCACUGUGUUCUACCAUGCCAUUGCACGACCUCUUGUAACAACGGUCUGUGCUCGGGAUCUGGACAAUGCCAAAGUAGAUGGUUCGGACCUCGGUGUCAAUACAACGAUUUAGCAAAAGCCAAUGACGCCACAGUGGUUCUCCCCCAAAGGAACGCAUCCAUAAACCUGCACGACAACAAUGAUGACACGUGCGAAUACAAUGUCAGCGACGUCACAGUCACGUGGCAAACUAAUUACCCAUUAACAUGGAUACGCCUAAUUACGAACAAACUUGAUUACUUUCCCAAUGUAAGGAUUCGCUACAAGACUAAUGUCUCAGACACAGACUUUACCUCAUGUAAACAACAGAAAUUGCAAUUGGCGACAGACUCUACUUUCGAUGUCUGGUGUCAAGAUAAAGUCAACGUUAUGGCAUUAAAAAUAGAAGGAAAGUUUGCCAGCCUGUGUUCUCUAUACAUAAGUGGAGGUCGCAAUUUUGCAUAUGGACAGAAAGCUGUAUUACUCUCUAAUUAUGAAGAAAAUGAAAAAGUCUACAAUUUGAGUGAGGCAGUGGAUGGAGAUAUCGAUCGUUUCCGAUUCAAAAGAGGAACAAAUCUUUCGAUUACUUUAAGCCAACCAGUUGUGAUGACUAGAGUUUUACUAUAUCACCAUGUAGUACUCUUUAACGAAUGGCCGGGAUUAUUGUCACUAGAACUGUUUAACAAGAGUGACUCUCCAUGGUUUCGUUAUUCUACCCAUACAAUGGAAGAUGGGACUAUAAGAACUUAUGUCAUCUUAACCCCAGCAACUACACAAACGGGGAGAGUUUCUAUCAAGGCUAAUCAUCCUUCAAUCCUAUUUCCAUUGACUGAAGUGGAGGCUUAUGGAGAGUGUCCUCAGGGUUACUGGGGGCUUUUGUGUGUGAAUAAAUGCCCAGAGGUCUGUACUUCAGACUGUCAUGUCGAGAACGGUCAGUGCACAUCAUUUUGCUUUGGUUAUAGUGACCCACCUGAAUGUCUGACAGCAUGUUCCAAUGAUCAAUGGGGUGUCAAUUGUCUACAAACGUGCCCGAAAAAAUGUCUACAUUCUUCUUGUGAUAGUUAUUCUGGACAUUGUGAUCAAGGUUGUCUGGGCCACAGUAACCCACCUGUAUGUGACUUAGAAUGUAUCAAAGGAGCUUAUGGUAAAAACUGUUCUUCAACUUGCUCAUCCAAAUGUAUCAACAGUGAAUGUGAUCACGUGACUGGCUUUUGUUUGAAGUGUCCAGAUGGCUAUAAGGGAAACAACUGUGAGAUAAAAAAAUUCAUUAUGGAAAUGAACAGUUUCGGAAUAGGGUUUGCAGUUUGUUGUGGCAUUGUCGCCCUUGUGGUUUUGGCCCUAACACUUAGUAAAACCGUCCUUGUGCAAUGGAGACCAAGGCCAAAGUUCAUUUCUGUUUACGAUGAAACGAAAAUUCAGGAGGAGAAAUGUCACAGAUAUGAACAAAUUACAAAAACAGUUCAACCAAAUGAGGAAGUGAAUGAUGGUUAUGAGACAAGCGUAUUCACAAUGUCACAACUGAAAGACAACUCUCACGACUUGACUGACUCGCCUUCUGAGUAUGAGUACAUCAACGUUCGAUAACUUUCCGUUUCCCCCAAUUGUUGUCAUAAGUCAAGUCGAAUGUACACGUACGAUUUCAUACGUUGAGGUUGUAUGUUUGGGAGUGGCGAUCUGCGUAUUUAACAACAGAUUGUAUUUUACUUUAGUAGUCAAAUAUUUUAUACUCAUGUACAUUACAGCAAUGAAUGUGAAAUUUUAUUAUAUUCUUGCUAUGGUUAACCUUUUCUAUUUCAAUUUUACCUUAUAGUUAUGGAGUUUUUAUAAAAUAUAGCUGGCUCUAGAUAGUACCACGAAGGUUACCAAUGUUCUAGUAUUCAGAAUAAAUCUACUAUUGAUAAGUUAUAUAUUCUUUUUUUUUAAAGUAUAUGAUGGUUUUUUUUUGUAUUGCAAGCACUGCAGAAUGAAACUUUCCAAACUCAUCUGUUAAUAACACAGAAUAAUAUUACCUUCACUCUAAGACUUAAAACAUUUUUUUUUCAAAUGGGUAUCCAUCUAGCGGUGAUAAAGGAGACUAUACCAAGAUCAACACCCACGGCAAUGAUAUAUUGUCAAAACUAUAGUUCAAUUCUUUAUUAAAAGUUUAAUUCAGCGUCGUCGUGAGUACUGUUACUCUUGUCUUUACCGUGUAACAUACCCUCAUUGAUUGCCCCAGAUACCAGGAUAUUAGGGGGAAAUAUUUUGGAGCACACAACUUAAACACUGUUUGAUAAUGUCGACCCUGGGAAGAUACUAUGCCUUGUCCGGGAAUUGGGGUUGCCUGCGGGGGUCUGAUUUUAAUGGGGCAGAGAAAUUGUGAAUAUAUAAUAAUUACAACAGAUUUUUAUUGAAUCAACACAUUUUUACUAUUUUUACUAUCUUAACUGUAAACGGACCUUUAUUUUAGUGACUUGCCUGUGUGAGAUUUAGCUCCUCAGAUAUGAAGGGAGAAUGACCCUUUAGGGAUUAUGGGUGCGACAUGGCCUAAAAUUGGCCGAUUUGCCAAAACCCCAAAAAUAUCAAAUAUCAAAUUAAAGAAAUAUCGUUUGUGUUAUUCGCAAAAUUGUAUGUAUGACUUUAAAACGAAACAUUUUCGUGUAUAUGAUGUAGAGUAUAAUGGAAGUUUUGAUUAGCUUUAGUUUUUAAAAAUGUAUAGGAUGAUAAGUGUGUACUUUCUAGUACUGCAGAAGACUAAAAAAUUUUAGGCUCCUUCUUUAAAAGUACAAAAUGAUUUCAAAAUAUAGAAAAAAAAUUAAACUUAAGCUCUAUAAAACUAUUUAUCUUUAUAAUAUACUAGCCAUAUAUUACCCGCGGCCCGCUGGUGUUAAUUUGCGUAUCACCGACAUAGUUACUGAUAUAGUGCAUUAAAAACAAUUGAAGAAAAUAAUAAUGUUAUAAGUAAAGCGAAUGCAUGAAUUCAAGUAUAUAAAAAUAUUGGGUAUGGAGCUAAAUAUAGCUAUUCGACUUAGAUAUCUAGAUCCAAUUAUUGAAUGAAAACAUUGGCUUGUGUAUUUAGAAGUGCACGAUAUCAAGAUGUCAUAUAUAUUUUAUAAUUAAAGCGAACGCGUGAAUGUAACUGUUAAAAUAACCUUGUUUGUUUAAUUUUAUGUAGAUAUAUAUCUAGAAUCCUAAAAAAAAAACAACUUGAAUGCCCUAGUAGUCUAGUCAAUAACUAAACACUUUGAGCCUAGGAAAUGGCUUGUGUUGACCUAAGUCUA